AUGGCUGAUCUAGCACUACAGUUAUAUCAUGAGAAGAGGAGGAAAAGGAAGCGGGCAGCAGCUGGGUUCUUUAUUACCGUAGUUGCAGUAGCUCAACAUAUGUAUUGUAGGAGAAAGAUAGUUGAGCUUGGUGAUUUUAGUGAGGAAGAGGCCGAGACUAGAAUUAGGAGGCAGAUGCUUAGGAAUAUUUACCUGGGUCCAAAUCUAUAUUGCUAUGAUACUCUAAGGUUUACCAAAAGGUCCUUCUUUGACCUAUGUGCCAUGUUACGUGAAAGGGCUGGACUGAAAGACACCUUUCAUGUGACCGUUGAAGAGGCUGUGACCAUUGUAUUGCUUGUACUUGGCCAUGGCAUGAAGUUUAGGUUGAUUCGUAGCACCUAUAGGUUGACACUUGAGCCAAUUAGUAGACAUUUCAAUGAGGUCUUAGGAGCCAUUCUUUCUUUAUCCCAUGAAAUCAUCAAGUUGCCAGACCCUGCUACUGAACUACCCGAGGAUCACAAAUGGAGGUGGUUCCCCGAUGGGCUUGGAGCCUUAGAUGGCACACAUGUUGAUGUUCGUGUUCCGCUACGCAAGCAAGGUAGAUAUAGGAAUAGGAAGAAGGCCAUAACAACAAAUGUGUUGGGCGUCUGUGACCGCAACAUGAAGUUUGUUUAUGUGUUGGCUGGCUGGGAAGGUUCAGCGUCAGAUGGUAGAGUGCUGAGAGAUGCAAUGGAUAGAGAUGACUCUUUCAAAGUUCCAAAUGGAAAAUACUACCUAGUAGAUGCUGGAUACACGAAUGGUCCAGGCUUCUUCGCUCCAUUUAGGAAUACAAGGUAUCACUUGAAAGAGUGGGCUGCCAAUGGGAAUAAUCCAGAAACUCCACAAGAGCUCUAUAACCUGCGGCAUGCAAUUGCUAGGAACGUAAUUGAGAGGAUUUGGGUUCUUAUAAAGAUGAGAUGGGCUACUCUAAGGGCUAGUUCAUUUUUUGGAAUAAAAAAUCAGAUUCGAGUAAUCAAUGCUUGUUGCAUAUUGCAUAACUUCCUAGCUGAUAGGCAAAGAGAGAUGGAUGAUGUGAUGUUGCAAGCGGUAGAUAAUCAGCUAAAUAAUGUUGUCAUUGAUGUGGAUGAACCCGACAUGAUUACCCACAUUGAGAUGACGAAUGAGUGGAACAACAGGAGAUUGACCCUAGCUAAUUAGAUGUGGGCUGAUUAUCAAGCUAGGCAUGGACAAGCUUGAGUUUGCUUGAAUGUUGUACAUAUUUUCUUUUUGAGAUGGAUUCGAGCAAUGCUCCCACUAAGAAAGGUAGAAGUUACAUCAAGUGGACAGAUGCAAUGGACAAAGCUAUGUUGGAUGUGUUUGUGGAAUACUUCAACAAAGGAGAUCGAGCUCAGAAUGGGUGGAAACCCCAUGUAUACACAGCUGCAGUUAAGAAAGUGAUGGAUAAAUGAACAGUCGAGCUUACCAAGGAUAACAUCAUUGCUAGGAGCAAAACUUUUGACAAGCAUUAUGUCAUCGUCAACAAUAUGCUUAGUCAGAGUGGAUUUGGUUGGGACGAUGACAAGAACAUGAUAUCCGUUGAAGAUGACGUUUGGAACAAUUAUGCCAAGGCCAACAAAGAUGCAGCCUCGUAUAGGUACAAGGUCAUCAAGUAUUGGGACAUGAUCAGUACACUUUACAAUAGAGACCGUGCUACGGGUGAGGGUGCAAGGACAGAAAAUGAGAGCGCGGCUGAAAUGACGGAGGAGAUAGCUAACACCACCGCAACCAAUAAAGAUGCCAACUCCUCAACUAAGGAUGACGAAGAUCGUCCAAAGAAGAGGUACCGAUCCGAUGACUUGAUUGCAACAAUGCUUGGAGAUAAAUUGGACAAUUUUACUGCUGUGUUCAAAGCCGAUGCUCCUGAGCCGCCACCAAAGCCAGCAAGUCCUGAAGAAAUAUGGGCUCUCCUUGGUGGAAUACCAGAACUAGAAGAUGAUCAGCUCUUGGCAAUAUAUGAUGUUCUAGUUGCCGAUGAUCGCAAGUUCAAGUCUCUAUUGGCACUGCCUGAAAGGAUGAAGAAGAAGUGGGUUUUAAAGCAAAUAAGCACAUGAUUGGGAUAUUCCUUUGUUAUGUAGCAGUCUACGUGGAACUUAUUUAAACUCUGAAACUUGUUUAAACUCUGGAACUUGUGAUCUCUGGAACUUGUGAUGUAGCAGCCUUUGUGAUGUGCAACUUAUUUAAACUCUGGAACUUGUAUUUGUUAAGUUGAUGCAUUUAUGUUUUAUGGACUAGAACUUGGAAACUUGGAUGAUAUGUGGAUUAUGAUCUAUGUUUCGGUAUUUUGUAGAAUGUUUUAAGGAUAAAAAGUU